AUGACAGUGAACCAAAUCAUAGAUGAAAUGAAGAAGUCAUUUAGUGUUGGAAUAAGUCCCUGGAAAGCUGCAAGAGCAAAGGAAAUUGCAAUGGACUCUUUAGUUGGUGAUGGAGAACGACAAUAUGGUCGGCUUUAUGAUUAUGUGGCUGAGUUGUUAAGAGUCAAGGCUGGAACCUUCAAGAUUAAGGUGAAUCGACCCCAACCCACUUUGCCACCAAGGUUUGGGUCAUUCUACAUGUGUUUAGAGGGUUGUAAACAAGGGUUCUUGGGUAGUUGCAGGCCUUUCAUUGGGGUUGAUGGUUGUCAUUUGAAGACAAGUUAUGGAGGUCAGUUGUUAGUGGCAGUGGCAAGAGACCCUAAUGACCAAUAUUUCCCACUAGCAUUUGCUGUGGUUGAAAGUGAAUGCAAGGAGACAUGGAGGUGGUUUUUGUCCCUGUUGUUGGAUGAUAUUGGGGGCAUAGAUUGUCAACGCUGGAUCUUUAUUUCAGAUCAACAAAAGGGAUUAAUGGUAGUAUUUGAUGAGAUUUUGAAUGGGGUAGAGCAUAGACUGUGUUUAAGGCAUUUGUACAACAACUAUAAGAAGAAAUUCAGUGGAGGAAUGGGAAAAAAAAUGGGUGAGUUGAAGACUAUCAAUUCUGAUGCUUACGAUUGGUUAAUGGCAAUUCCAACUAAAUGUUGGUGUAAACAUGCAUUUAGUGCUUAUCCUAGAUGUGAUGAAUUGAUCAAUAACUUAUCUGAAUCAUUUAAUAGUACAAUUUUGUUGGCAAGAGACAAACCUAUAAUUACUAUGAUGGAAUGGAUUAGGUCAUAUAUUAUGAGUAGGUUUGCAACUCUAAGAGAAAAAUCAAACACAUAUCAUGGUGAUGUUAUGCCUAAGCCAAGAAAAAGACUGGAUAGGGAAGUUGAGAAGAGUGGGAAUUGGCUACCAGUUUGGGCAAGGGGUGCAAAAUUUGAAGUCACUCAUGGCUUUACUAUGGACAAGUUUGUUGUUGAUGUAAGUAAUCAUAGUUGCAGUUGCUACUUUUGGAAUUUAGUUGGAAUACCUUGUAGACAUGCCGUUUUUACCAUACAUUAUAAAUUAGAGAACCCAGAAGAUUAUGUUCAUCCAUAUUACAAGAAACAAGCAUAUCAAACUUGUUAUGCACCUGAAAUAAUUCCAAUCAAUGGCCAACAACUUUGGCCUAGAUCUGAGGCUGAACCACUACUACCACCCACUUAUAAAAAACCUCCUGGGAGGCCAAAGAAGUUAAGAAGAAGAGAAGCUGAUGAAUAUGUCAGCCAUUCAAAGUUGUCCAAGAAAAAUAUUGGUAUGAAGUGUAGCAGUUGUCAUGCAUAUGGACACAAUGUAAGAAGUUGUAAAAAGGGGCAGUCAAGCAAGGACACAGGGGGUGCAAGAGGUUCUGCAUCAGCUGGGAGAGGGGCAUCUGCAUCAGCUGGGAGGGUUGGAUCUGCUUCAGCUGGGAGGGGGGCAUCUACAUCAGGUGGGAGAAGGGCAUCUGCAUCAGCUGGGAGGCUUGGAUCUGCAUCAGUUGGGAGGGUUGGAUCUGUAUCAGCUGGGAGGCUUGGAUCUGCAAGCACUUCACGAAUGGGAGCACGCAGAGAUGCAAGAGCUGGAAGACUGUCUGGACAAAAUGUAGGGUCUCAAGCAAGUUGCAAUUGA